UAUGGAAUAUACAAAAGGAAACCUCUUAACGUUUUACCGCACAAAGUGACUGGGCAUACAUACUACUUGACAAGCAUCGGCAUGAACGUAUGGUAAGUGAUACUAAAAUGUUUAGUGCCACCACAGAUACUGAUGGGUUCAUGGUCCUAGCAUGGUGGGUGACCAAAUCCACCACCACCAUCAAUUUUCUACCUCGAGAUUCUCACAUUCUCACAAAAUGUUAAAAUUUAAAGUUUUUAAAAUGGUUUUUAGUUCUCUUACUGUAUGGCCAAACCCAGAGAAUGUAGGAUUCCUCCAUGUCUCAAGCAAUACAAUUUGAUCACACAACCUUUACCCUCUUUCUCUCUCUGCCCCCUUUUUUUUUUUGGUUGUUGUUGAUAACCAUGCAUAACCGAGUAAAGUACAUACAGACAUGACAAUACUCCUGUUUUUGUAUUUGUUUUUCGUACAAACUACAACAACAUUUGCAUAACCCAUCUCUAGGUAAUAAGAUGACUGAUGACUCACUAACCCAGAAAGAAUUUUGGUUCACUAUGCCUACAAACAUUAAAAAAUGCUUGAGGUUUUGUAAUAAUUAUAAUUCCACUCAUGCGUUGUUCCCUUUUAAUUUGGUUGUUACAAUUGUGGUGAGGAAUAUAAAAUUCAAUAGUAUAUAUGCUUGUCAGGCCAAUGCAUGAUUAUCUCAGAAAUGGGAAUUUCCAUUUCUCUCCUUCUCUUGAGAAUAUUGCCUAGAUUUAAUUACGUUUGGUGCGUUUCAUAUAUAUAUAUAUAUAAUGAUUUCCUUAACCUAUACUGACUCAAUGACAAGCAUGCUAAUGCUAGUCCCCUUUAUACAACCAAAAAAACUGGUUCUUUUCUUGGCUCUGACACAAGCAAGAAUUUGGUGAAUGGAUUUCUGGCUUGUAAAGCAGGGAGUGGGUUCUAAUCUAAGGAUUACCUUGAGCAAAAGUAAUCCGAUUUGAAAGUUGCUUUUCCUAGUAGAUAAAACUGUUGCCAUUAGCUAAAAAAUUUAGCAUUUCUUUUUUGUUUUGCGGUUCUUGCUCACUUCAUGACUUCAAUGGCAAUGAGAAUAAGAGAAGUUGGUCUCCAUUUUGUGGUUUUCUUGUGGUUUUCGACCACUGCAAAUGGAUUGUUGUCUCCUAAAGGAGUAAAUUAUGAAGUUCAAGCUUUAAUCGGAAUAAAAGCUUCUUUACAUGAUCCUCAUGGGGUUCUUGAUAAUUGGGAUGGAGAUGCUGUUGAUCCAUGUAGCUGGACCAUGGUAACUUGCUCUCCUGAGAGUCUUGUCAUUGGCCUGGGAACUCCAAGCCAGAAUUUAUCUGGAACUCUUUCUCCAACUAUUGGCAACUUGACAAAUCUUCAGACUGUGCUCCUGCAAAGCAAUAAUAUUACAGGACCAAUUCCUGCAGAAAUAGCACGGCUCUCAAAGCUUCACACACUUGAUCUUUCUGAUAAUUUCUUUACUGGGAAAAUUCCUUCCUCUUUAGGCCAUCUGAGGAGUCUAGAAUACAUGAGGCUAAAUAAUAACAGUCUAUCUGGAGAAUUCCCCUUGUCAUUGGCUAACAUGACCCAGCUUGUGUUACUUGACUUGUCGUUCAAUAACCUGAGUGGCCCUGUACCAAGAUUUCCUACCAAAACAUUCAGCAUUGCUGGAAACCCUCUAAUCUGCCCAACAGGUUCUGAACCAGAAUGCUUUGGGACAACACUAAUGCCAAUGUCGAUGAACUUGAAUAGCACACAAACAGCUCUACCUUCAGACAAACCAAAGAGUCACAAAAUAGCUGUUGCAUUUGGCUCAAGCGUUGGUUCUGCCUCACUUAUCAUUCUUGGGAUUGGAUUAUUUUUGUGGUGGAGGCAAAGGCACAAUCAACCAACGUUUUUCGAUGUUAAAGAUCGCCAGCACGAGGAAGUUUCUCUUGGAAACUUGAGGAGGUUCCAGUUUAGGGAACUUCAGAUUUCGACAAACAACUUUAGCAAUAAGAACAUACUUGGAAAGGGAGGUUUUGGCAUUGUGUACAAAGGGAUUCUCCAUGAUGGGACUGUUGUAGCUGUCAAGAGGCUUAAAGAUGGCAAUGCCAUUGGAGGAGAGAUUCAAUUCCAAACAGAAGUUGAGAUGAUCAGCUUAGCAGUGCACCGGAACCUCCUUAGGCUCUAUGGAUUUUGUAUGACACCAACAGAAAGACUUUUAGUCUAUCCAUACAUGUCCAAUGGCAGCGUAGCUUUGCGUCUCAAAGGGAAACCAGUCUUGGAUUGGGGCACCAGGAAGAGAAUUGCCUUAGGAGCUGCGAGGGGACUCUUGUACCUCCAUGAGCAGUGUGAUCCAAAGAUAAUCCACAGGGAUGUUAAGGCUGCAAAUAUAUUGCUUGAUGAUUAUUGUGAGGCUGUAGUAGGUGAUUUUGGGUUGGCAAAGCUUUUAGAUCACCAAGAUUCACAUGUCACGACUGCUGUCAGAGGCACCAUUGGGCAUAUAGCACCUGAAUAUCUUUCAACAGGUCAAUCCUCAGAGAAAACUGAUGUUUUUGGAUUUGGAAUUCUGCUUCUUGAAUUAAUCACAGGCCAAAGAGCAAUAGAAUUUGGCAAGGCAGCGAACCAGAAAGGAGCCAUGCUAGACUGGGUAAAGAAAAUUCAUCAGGAGAAAAAGCUUGAAAUGCUUGUAGACAAGGAUAUAAAGGGAAAUUAUGAUAGAAUUGAGCUUGAAGAGAUGGUACAAGUUGCCCUCUUGAGCACCCAAUACCUUCCUAACCAUAGACCCAAAAUGUCUGAAGUAGUUAGAAUGCUUGAAGGAGAUGGUCUUGCAGAGAGAUGGGAAGCUUCUCAAAGAGCAGAAGCAACUAAGUCCAAACCCCACGAGUUCUCCUCGUCGGAUCGAUAUUCUGAUCUCACUGAUGACUCUUCAUUACUAGUCCAGGCAAUGGAGCUCUCUGGUCCAAGGUGAAUGCCUUGUAAUUUUUUUUAAUAUAUAUAUUUCCCUUUCUUUUCUUUUUCUAUUUUGAAGAGACUUCGAAUAAUGGAAGAUCAAGUUAUAGAAGAAGCUGUUUUGUGAUAGUAUUUUCAUGAUUGAGGGUUCUUUUGUUGUAUUAUAGUAGUAUAAUCGAAGCUCCAAAGGGCUUGAUGUUUUCAUCAAAUUGUACAGAUCCUGUAUUGAGAAACUGACACUACUGAAAAAUCCUUGUAUUUGUAUUGCCACCGAGUGACAAUUCUAUGAGGAUCCAAUUUAGUUUGCGAGUUAA